AUGCGUUUGCAGGCAUUUCUCGGGUCGCUCACGCUCUGCGGAGCUGCUGUGGCUUUUUCAGAUGCCACGCCGUGGAUUCUCUACUCUACUGCAUCCUUUCCUUUGACGGAUUCGAAACAGCUUCAGACAAGCUCCGACGUCUUGAGAACCACCAAGGACAUCCUCUCGAGAUGCCCUACCGAGCGCUAUGUUUUCGCGACGCAGCCUGGGAUGACUGCCUCCGAUCUCCAACGCAAUGAAGGCUCGAAUAUGCCAUUGUUCCAUCACUCGGUAACUCUGGACAGCCGUAUCCAAGGAAAAUACAUCGUGUCGGAGGUCGUUGGUGAUAUCCGGGACGGCAAUCUUAUCAACUUUGUCAAGACUGCCUGCUCGCAGUAUGGAAAACAGGCUGUUAUUGAGCAGGUCUCAUUGGGCCAGCUGCCUCUAGAAAACAGGGCCGAUGCCCUUCUCGUCAAUGAUCGCAUUCUCGGCGAACGCAUCAGCAAAGACAACGGUCGCGAUAGCGUCACGGUCCUAUUCUACGCCACACGCCCAGAACCCUCAUACGAGGCGCAGUUCGACGAGGCUAUUCAUAUGGACUUGCGCAGAGCUAUAGAUAACAAAAAUUCGACUACCGGAAAGGACAACAGACCGCUAUUUGAAAAAUACCAAUUUUUCACACCAGGUAUCUUCAUGGGCAUUAUCGCGACGAUUCUGCUUUUCAGUAUUCUUACUGUCGGGAUCAAGACCCUCGGAAGCCUCGAGGUAUCGUAUGGUGCGUUUGAGAAGGAAAUGGGACCAGCUGCACAGAAGAAACAGCAGUAA